AUGUCGAAAGAUAUUGAAGAUGGAGAUCAAGAGAGGAGAAUUAGCUCAAAGGACUAUCUCGACCCACCUCCAACACCACUAAUCGACCCUGAGGAGCUCACAAAAUGGUCAUUUUAUCGAGCUAUAAUUGCUGAAUUUGUCGCGACUCUUCUUUUCCUCUACAUAACUGUUUUAACUGUUAUCGGCUACAAAAGCCAAACCGACCUAACCAAGAACUCGGAUGCAUGUGGCGGUGUUGGCAUCCUUGGCAUCGCUUGGGCCUUUGGAGGAAUGAUCUUCGUUCUCGUCUACUGCACUGCAGGAAUAUCGGGAGGGCAUAUUAACCCGGCAGUGACGUUUGGGCUUUUCUUGGCUCGAAAGGUGUCUCUAGUUCGAGCCGUAUUAUACAUGGUGGCUCAAUGUUUAGGAGCUAUUUGCGGUUGUGGGCUAGUGAAGGCUUUCCAAAAAUCUCACUAUAUUCAAUACGGUGGUGGUGCUAAUGGAUUGGCUGAUGGUUAUAGCACCGGCACAGGUUUAGGAGCCGAGAUUAUUGGAACUUUUGUUCUUGUUUAUACAGUUUUCUCAGCAACCGAUCCAAAGAGAAACGCUCGUGAUUCACACGUUCCUGUUUUGGCACCGCUUCCAAUUGGGUUUGCUGUUUUCAUGGUUCAUUUAGCGACGAUUCCUAUUACGGGAACUGGAAUAAACCCGGCUAGGAGUUUUGGUGCUGCUGUGGUCUAUGGAAAAGUUAAAGCCUGGGAUGAUCAAUGGAUCUUCUGGGUGGGUCCGUUCAUCGGAGCAGCUAUCGCUGCCUUCUACCACCAGUAUGUUCUUAGGGGAACGACCGUGAAAUAUAUGGGAUCAUUUAAGAGUACAGCAGGUUCUUGAUUGGGUUGUGUUGAAAGA